AAAGCAAAGUAAAGUUUAGGUAUCAAAAGAGAAGAAGAUGAUAUAAAAGUUGGAAUAGGAUUUAAACUAUACGAAGAUAUUGUAAUUGGAUGGGAAGGGAAAGAAUGUUAAUAUAAAUUAGAAUAAUAAUAAGUGAGAGAGGCGGAGGCGUUGGGAGAGAAGAAGAGGGAUGAAGCAAGAGGAAAGAGAAGAGAGAGAAGUAGAAGAUGAGAUUGUUUUUGAUACACCAGAUUCACAAAUCUCCAACUCCAAUCACCGGAAGCAAUUUCUCAUCUUCCAGAUUUCUCAAAGGCUCAUCCAUGGCGACCUCCAUUCCCGUAUCGAAGCUGCUAAAGAUUUGAGGAACCUCGCCCGUAAAUCUUCCCCCAAGUCUCGCUCUAACCUCGGAGCUUCCAGUCUCAUUCAACCCCUUGUUUGCAUGCUUCUCUCUCCCAAUCUUGAUGCCCGUGAAGCCUCUCUUCUUGCCCUCCUCAAUCUCGCUUCCCGCAAUGAAAGGAACAAGAUUAAAAUAGUUGCAGCUGGUGCCAUUCCCCCACUUCUAGAGCUACUGAAAUUCCAAAACCUUAGUUUGAGGGAGUUAGCCACUGCAGCAAUCCUAACCUUGUCAGCUGCUACGUCGAAUAAACCAGUCAUAUUGUCUGCUGGUGCAGCAUCCCUUCUGGUUCAGAUUCUUAUUUCUGGAAGUGUUCAAGCUAAAGUUGAUGCAGUGACUGCUCUAUACUAUUUAUCCGCCUGCACUGGAAGUGAAAACAGUUCUAUGAUGCUUGAUCCUGGAGCAGUCGCCCCUCUAAUUGACCUUCUCAAAGAAUGCAAGAAACAUUCAAAGUUUGCCGAAAAGACUACGUCUCUGCUUCAGAUAAUUUCCAACUCUGAAGAAGGGCGAACUGCAAUCUCCAAUUCAGAUGGUGGAAUACUAACUUUAGUACAAACGGUUGAAGAUGGAUCUCUUGUGAGCACCGAGCAUGCCGUGGGAAUUUUGCUUUCCAUGUGCCAGACUUGCCGUGAGACAUACCGCGAACCCAUUUUGAAAGAAGGUGCAAUCCCUGGCCUUUUGAGACUCACUGUAGAAGGCACAACUGAAGCUCAAGAGAGAGCUCGCAGGCUUCUGGAUUUGCUCAGAGAUUCUCCUCAGGAAAAGACAAUGAGCUCUGCAGAUCUGGAGAGAAUAGUUUACAAGAUUGCAGCAGAAGUUGACGGCAUAGAUCAAGCAGCUGAAACCGCCAAAAGAUUGAUGCAGGAAAUGGUUCAGAGGAGAUUAAACACCGUGUAAACCGCGAAUGGGACAAGCUUCGUAUUGUACAUUUUCAUUGAUGUCUUCUCGACAGUCCACUCUCUUCUUCCAUGAGGUAAGUGUUGGUUUGACCAUUAUCUUGUACUUCUCUGUUCCAAGGUAAAUUAGGAAAAAGAAGCCAAAGAAAAAAAAAAAAAGAAAAAGAAAGUGAGUUUGGAGUUGGAUUUUCACUGACGUUAACUUCCAUUGCUGAUGAUGUUAGAGACAUUAUUAGUAGAUUGUAUAUUUUGGAUUCUGAUCUCUCUGGUACAUAAUAUUUAUCAUUUUGUA